GUUGAGAAGAGUCCUCUGAGGAUAACAGCCCCGAACAGGCGGGUGUUCCCUUCACUGCCCGGGGGAUGUGUUCUUGAGGCAGAACCCACAGACCACACAGGAAGAGGGCUCUCGGGGCCAUGGCGCAGCUCAGCAUCAACAGUGACCAUGGCGAGUGGGGCUUGAGCACAGAUGCUGGGGAACGGGCCCGGCUGCUGCAGAGUCCCUGUGUGGACACAGCCCCCAAGAGUGAGUGGGAGCCCCCUCCUGGGGGUCCGGGCAGAGGCACCACUUCCACGCUUGGGGCUGUCUUCAUUGUCGUCAACGCCUGCCUGGGCGCGGGGCUGCUCAACUUUCCAGCAGCCUUCAGCACUGCCGGGGGCGUGGCAGCUGGCAUCGCACUGCAGAUGGGCAUGCUGAUUUUCAUCAUCAGUGGCCUCGUCAUCCUGGCCUACUGCUCCCAGGCCAGCAACGAGAGGACCUACCAGGAGGUGGUGUGGGCUGUGUGCGGCAAGCUGACAGGUGUGCUGUGCGAGGUGACCAUCGCCAUAUACACCUUUGGCACCUGCAUUGCCUUCCUCAUCAUCAUCGGGGACCAACAGGACAAGAUUAUAGCUGUGAUGGCCAAGGAGCCUGAGGGGGCCAGCGGCAGCCCCUGGUACACAGACCGCAAGUUCACCAUCAGCCUCACUGCCUUCCUCUUCAUCCUGCCCCUGUCCAUCCCCAGGGAGAUCGGCUUCCAGAAGUAUGCCAGCUUCCUGAGUGUCGUGGGUACCUGGUACGUCACUGCCAUCAUUAUCAUCAAAUACAUCUGGCCAGAUAAAGAGAUGACCCCAGGGGACAUCCUGACCAGGCCGGCUUCCUGGAUGGCCGUGUUCAAUGCCAUGCCCACCAUCUGCUUCGGAUUUCAGUGCCACGUGAGCAGUGUGCCCGUCUUCAACAGCAUGCAACGGCCCGAGGUGAAGACCUGGGGCGGGGUGGUGACAGCCGCCAUGGUCAUAGCCCUUGCUGUCUACAUGGGUACAGGCAUCUGUGGGUUCCUGACCUUUGGAGCUGCUGUGGACCCUGACGUGCUUCUGUCCUACCCCUCAGAGGACAUGGCUGUGGCAGUUGCCCGAGCCUUCAUCAUCCUGAGCGUGCUCACCUCCUACCCCAUCCUGCACUUCUGUGGGCGGGCGGUGGUUGAAGGCCUGUGGCUGCGCUACCAGGGGAUGCCAGUGGAGGAGGACGUGGGGCGGGAGCGGCGGCGGCGAGUGCUGCAGACGCUGGUCUGGUUCCUGCUCACCCUGCUGCUGGCGCUCUUCAUCCCUGACAUCGGCAAGGUCAUCUCAGUCAUCGGGGGCCUGGCUGCCUGCUUCAUCUUCGUCUUCCCAGGGCUGUGCCUCAUUCAGGCCAAACUCUCUGAAAUGGAGGAAGUCAAACCAGCCAGCUGGUGGGUGCUGGUCAGCUAUGGAGUCCUCUUGGUCACCCUGGGAGCCUUCAUCUUCGGCCAGACCACAGCCAACGCCAUCUUUGUGGAUCUCUUGGCAUAACCACUGCCUUCCAGGGAACACAUGGCCUUUGCCAUUAGACCUAGGAACACACCUCUUAAAGCUGUGAGGCCACUCUGUGUCCACCAUCAUUCCAACUGGUAGGAUGACAUCUGGACAUCCUUUUCCAGGGACAGUUCUGGGGCAAAAUCAGGCCCCACACCUCUGGACAGCUCAAACCCAGCUCCCUUCCUGCUCCCCCAGUCCUGGCAGUGCCAUGGAUGGUGGCAGGAGUUCUCAUGUCACAGAGGAACCUUCUUCCUCUCCCAGCUCUCAGCUUCUCCAUGCCUAGAACCCAUGGUGAAGAGGCCAGUGGGUCUCAGAAGAAGGAACCCAGUGUGACUUCCUUCUGGAGAAAGACUAUGGACAAAAGGCCACCAACCUCCACAAAGCAGCCCGUCCGGAGUAGGGGCCAUGCUCACUAUCCAGGGGUCUACAGUGGCUUCCUCUGGCAACUUCCAAAGGUAGCACUACAGUCAUACAAAUACUCAGAGGCAGGUGGAUUCAGGCCUUGUCUGCUCCCUCCUUUCUCUUUCUCCAAACCUGAUGAUCCAGGCUGGGCACCCCUGUCCUCCAUCCCCAGGCAUCACCAAGUCUAAUGUUUACAAACGGUGCCAGCCUGGCUCUGAAGCCAGGGGCCGUCCCAUGCCACGGUGCUGAGUAUUCCUCCAUUAGCUUUCCCCAUGGAGUUGAGGGGGGAGUCUGCUUUUCUCUCU